UUUUAUUCUUCAUUUUCACCUCUCUUUUUUCUUUUUUGUAAACGUUGCCUUUCGUCGCUCUGGUUAGCUCACUCCAAUGCUGUUGCGCUUUCUGGAACUGUUUCCAAGGGACGUGGGGGUAGGACAGCUAGAGAUUGGAUUGGUCAGAUUAGAGUCACAAGAUCGAAGGGAAAAUAAACUGUGUAGCCAGCUCCAGACAAUCUGAGUCUGCGCUUCAGGGAAAAUGAGUGAGUCACUGGUAGUAUGUGAUGUUGAUGGAGAAUUAGUAAAAAAGUUGCGGGAGUUUCGGUUCCGAAAAGAAACCAACAAUGCUGCCAUUAUCAUGAAGAUUGACAAGGAGCGACAGCUUGUUAUCCUUGAUGAGGAACAUGAGGAUAUAUCUCCUGAUGAUCUGAAGGAUGAAUUGCCUGAAAGACAGCCAAGAUUUGUGGUCUAUAGCUAUAAGUACCAACAUGACGACGGCCGUGUUUCCUACCCUCUCUGCUUCAUCUUUUCUAGCCCAGUCGGGUGCAAACCUGAGCAGCAGAUGAUGUACGCUGGGAGCAAAAACAAGCUAGUGAAGACUGUGGAAUUGACCAAGGUGUUUGAGAUCAGGAACACAGAGGAUCUGACAGAGGAGUGGCUGCGGGAGAAACUGGGAUUCUUCCGUUAGGCGCCUCUCAUCUGACUGGACAGAGAUGUCAGGAAGUUGACCAAGGCAGCAUGUGAUAUUUCUGUGGGGAGGCAAUUCCAUGGUCCAUGUCUCACUGUAUCUUUCCCAUUUUCUGUUUGAGACCAUGGCCCCCAGCCUUCCCAUUUGGUAACUUUCCAGAAUUCAUCUUUGCAUUCCCAUCCUGAUUUUAUAAAGAAUAUGAAAAGUGGAAAAAUUUUGAAAGAGCACAUUUUUCCUGUUUUCCUCCAAAUUCCAGAAGAAUCUUGAUAGCUGAGACACAUUCCAAAUCUGUUGUUAAUCAGGCACUAACCAGAUGUUUGUUUAGGUGUGACUGCACUAAUGUGCUUAAAAUUCAAUUUUCAGUCACAGUAUUCAUUUUCUAUCACAUCUCAACUUUGUAGUACUGUUGACACAUAAAAGAUCCCAGGUAGUUGUGCUUCCUGUUGAAUUUUUUUAACCCCCACUACUAAAACUACCACCACUAACACCACUACCACACACAAACGGGAAGAACAGAACAUUUAAUCUUGACAGAAUAAUUGGUGAGACAAUUUUACACUGAUACCUCUUAAUGCUAUUUCUUGUCUACUUAGAUAUAUUUCUCCAAAUGAGAGUCAGUUAAAUCAGUCAAUAUAUUCUGUUAGUAUUUAUAGUUAUUUUGUUCCCAGCAUAAUUAUAUCUACAUUAUAAAUUAAAAGUUGUGGUCAAAGCAUUGGAACCACAGUGCAGCUAACAGUCUUGUUUAAUCAAUGGGAAAAUGUUUUGGUUUCACAGUUUUCGCGUAAAUAUAAUAACUGCACUUUGAUUGGUGGGUGGGACUGUGGCAAGUCACUUGACCAUCAAUUGGUCAACUGGGAAUCACCACAUUAUGAGGUUUUCAGAAGAGACCUAGAAGCUAUGAUGAAGUGCAGAUGGGUUUACAGAAAGUAUAGGGUGCAUACAUAUAGCACAUAUUUUUGGAAUGUAGACCAUGGAAUUCACUUGAUUGAUCUCCAUGUUUCCAAAGGUUGAUCAGUAUAUCAAAGGUCCCACAAAGCAGAGAUAUAUCCUUUACCCUCCAAAUGCCAGAAUCAUCAGUAGGAUUGACACGUAAUAGCAGUCUGUGGUGGUAUUGAACUUUUCCUGUACUGUCUCUAUUAAAUGGGAGUAACGUAUAAAUAAAUGAUGUUUGUCACUCAACAUCUGUACUCUUAUUAAGUACUGUGACUGUAACUGUGAGACCAAGAAAAUUUAGUUUUGACUUUUGAAUUUUAACUUUUAGUUUUGAAAGUUUAAUCUGAGCAUGCCUUACUGUUAAGGUCCAUUGCUGUCCAAAUAAUUGUUAAACUGCUGCUAGUGUUAAGGUGUAUUGGGAUUAAUGUUAUCUGAGGACUCUGUUAGGACAUUACAACCAUAUAGCUGCAGCAUUCCAGAUUUGUAAAAUUGGAAAUCUGGUAUGUUUAUCAAGCUGGUAAACACUGGAUAAUUUGUUAAUGCUCUGCCUUGAAAUCUUGAGAAAUUUGAAACAAAUUUGCGCAUACCAAUUCAAGCAAUUAAUGCAAAGGUUCACAGUGCUAAUUUAUAGUGAUAUUUAAACACAUUUAGUGCUUCUUAACAGUGCUUUUGGGAAACUCAGCUCAGUAUUUAUUGUUUGUACUAUUGUUACGUUUUUUUUCUUUUCAAAGUUAUUUGAUGUAUCUACACUAAUACCUAGGUAAUUU